GCGGCCGAAGCGACGGCAACUUCGUCCCGCCGCAACUACACCAGCGAGGACGCCCACUGCCAAUUAUCGUGAAAAUCUGCAGCAACCCGCCGUGACCCCAGACGCUGCCACCAACGCCAGGGCGCCGCCGCGACGCUGGGAUUCUCGCGAAUGACGGCCCCCGACACUUGGUUACAAUGGGAAAUGUUUGCCAAAGUCCAGGCAUCGUAGAGCGGGUCAAGGGGGAGCGUCUUCUUUGAAUUGACCUUGUGCCCCAGUCUGGGCAGCCUCGUGCGCCAUGGCGACCACACGCUACAACUCCAACGACUUUCGCCGGCAGCUCGGCUCGCCGAGGCCCAAAGGCCGUGAUACCAAAGACACACUUUGCCGAAACAUCCUUAUAUACGGCCACUGCCGCUACGAAGACACCGGUUGCGCCUUCAGUCACGACCAGUCAAAGAAAUCGCCCAAAACAGACACAUCCACCAAAAAGGCGUUGAAUGUAGAAUCGGCCCCCUUUACCCCUGCCGCUUCGCAGCAACCCGCAAAAAAGACUUUCUCAUCUUCUCACGCUGCCAGCGCUGCUGUUUUCACUCCCCGAGCGUCAGCUGCCACACCCUCAGUAACGCCCCACCCGCCAGAGGUUGAAAUACCCUCAGUGACGACGACGCCGAGCGCCUUCAGCAAUGUUGGUUCUAUCAGAGAGUUUACUCCGCAGCACUACGACAUCGGGACAAACGGAGUGGCCACUGUCCAGGAUGCCGGACUCAACUACGACCCAUUUACCAUGGGCCCUGUAACCAACUCCCUGCCCACGCCGCAGUAUAACCCCUAUGCUAAUGACCACUCUGGCCUGGUCAACCACGGCGGCGCAUUCUAUCCUGGCGGCCAGUCUGGGUUUACUGCCCCAUUACAGCCGCAAUACCACCUCUACGCUCCAGUUGGCCCUUACAAGGAUGAUCUGCAGCCAUGGCAACGUUCAACCUACGACUUCUUCAUGCCCGAAAAACUGAGGGAAGACAUACAGAAAAAGGCGCAUGCGGCUCUCCAGGUCAUGCCUCCUGCAACCCAACUGCCCCAGCUGGCCAACUACCACUCGCUAGUUCCUCUUGACAAGAUCGCUCGCAAGACGUCUGGCAUCUUCAGCUACACGAGCUGGGUGUACAAGGCGAUCUCGAGCAAGACGGGCAGGAUGUACUGCCUGAGACGCCUUGAGGGCUUCAAGGUGUCCAAUGAGAACAUCCUGCGGCCGGUCAAGGAGUGGAAGAAGAUUAGCAACGGAAACAUAGUGACGCUUCACGACGCCUUCACGAACAGGGCAUUCGGCGACAGCUCCCUCAUGUUUGCCCAAGACUACCACCCGCUCUCGGAGACACUAGCGGAGCACCACUUCCCAAGCGCCCAAAAGGGCCAGUUCCGUAAUCCAGUCCCAGCCACAGAGAGCAUCUUAUGGAGCUACAUCGUUCAGAUCUCCAACGCGCUGCGGGCGAUACACUCGGCGAACCUCGCAGCCCGCUGUGUGGAUCUCAGCAAGAUCAUUCUGACGGAGAAGAACCGGAUACGACUGAGCGCAUGUGGUAUCCUCGAUGUUGUCAAUUUCGAAACCCCAAAGCCGUUGGCGGAGCUCCAGCAGGAGGACUUUGUCGCGUUCGGCAAGGUGAUCGUGUCUUUGGCCACGCACACGCUGCCCAUCAGUCUCAAUCUGGCCACGGCAGUCGAGCAGAUGGGUAGGAACCACUCGAUGGCGCUCAAAGAGACUGUCCUUUGGCUGCUGAACCCGCCACAGGCAGGGGCGAGCAAAUCGGUAGACAACCUCCUGACGGGCAUCAACCACCACCUGGCCACAGCCUUUGAUCAGAAACAGCGCCAGUCGGACGCCCUCUACUCGGAGCUCUACCGUGAGGUCGAGAACGGGCGGGCGGCCCGGCUAAUGUUGAAGCUCGGGGUCGUUAACGAGCGCCUCGAGUUUGAGGGGGAUCCGCGGUGGUCCGAGAACGGGGACCGCUACAUGAUUAAGCUAUUUCGCGACUUUGUGUUCCACCAAGUUGACGCGCAAGGGCAGCCUGUGCUGGACAUGGGCCACAUGCUCCGCUGUCUGGCCAAACUGGACGCCGGGGUCGACGAGCGGAUCCGACUGACCAGCCGCGACAGCGAUACCGACUUCAUCGUGAGCUACAAGGAUCUCGGGAGGGCCAUUAACAGUGCCUUCAGCGACCUUGCCAAGGUCAGGAGUCAGGGGCACCCGCCACACCAGGCUCAUCGUGAUAGGUACUAGAAUACCUGGAUGAGGGGCCCCUGAUGCAAUGCCACGGCUAGCACACGAGUACCCAGGACCAAGCGAUCUUCUGUUACCAGAAAUCCGCAGUAGUGCCGUCCUUUUCGGACUUCUCCGAGACGGGUCGAGAGGCCGGUGAUGGAGGUCUCGUCACCCCUAAGCCCUUGUUUGUCUGCUUCUUAUUCAGCCCUCAUAUACAGCUCUCUGGCUUCCAUGGCUAGAAUUGGUAUAGCAACAAGACUCUGAGAUUGGCUACGGCGGAGGAAACGAUGUGGAAUAUAGCCUGGAGUGGACAGAGACGAAAAGCGGGCGGAUAAAGGAAUGGAAGGGAGGGGAGAAAUGGAAACUUGUCGAGCGAGUAUGCGGAUGAGAAGGCAGACGUUUUAUAUAUCGCGAUCACCUUGUUUAACAUGACUGUAGCGUUUGUUUGAUUGUUUGUUUGUUUGGUUAUGACAUGGUUUCAGGUGUUGCUAGCAAGCGGCAGGGCGUGGUGCCUUGAGCGCCACGCCCAUGGACUUGGUGUGUGCUGAAGGCAUGAUGACUCUUGCAUAGCGAAGCACGUAUGGUCGGCACCAAUUCAAGCCCAGUCGAGAUCCCGUCCGUUCAUGCCAGAAUGUUUGCACCCCAAAUGGCCAGUUCCGGUGUGGAA